AUGAACGCGGCAAUAACACAAAUGUUCGAGCAAAUUAAGGAUAUGGGCUGCGAAGAGGCUCAGGAGUGGAUGACCUGGGUGGAAGAUUCAAAUGCAUUUUCCUGCUCUUGGUUGGACAACAGCAACAAGGAUCUGAUCAAAGAAAAGUUCGCCUGCUACUCCAAAGGAUGCGAUGUCAACAUUUGCGGUAUUUACGCAAGAAAUUACUACUCAAGUUAUUUUUCCACAACCACUGCUACCACAACUACUACGACCACCACAACCUCUACCGCGCCAACAACAACCACGACGGCGAAACGAACAACGACAAGAGUUACUCUGAAAGCAACUGGCUCCGCUCAGACAUCUUCGUUUUCCCUCAUUUUUCUUCUCUUUAUCUUCCUUUUCUUCAAAAAUAAAUAA